AUGUCGCUCACUCUUGCUCCUUUGAUUGAGGGGGCCAAUGCGACUGCGCUGGUCGUGGCUUGCGUCGCUCUUUCGCUCGUGUACCUUGUCUACUUCCUCGACGAGAAGCCGUAUAAGGGCUUCCCCGUCGUUGGCUUGGAAAAGAAUGGCUUCUUCUCAAUGGCGAAGGCGAGAGGUGCCUGGAUAGUAAACGGGUGCGAAAUCUUGGAGCAGGGCGCGAAAAAGUUUUCCGGUGGCGCAUUUCAGGUCAUCACCGCCAGCGGGCCAAAGGUCAUCCUUCCCAAUCGUUACGCCCAUGAGAUCAGGAACAAUCCACAUAUGAGUUUCGGCAAAAUAAUCACAAAGGAAUUCUUCUCCUCUUAUCCCGGUUUCGAGCCCUUUGACACUCUGAACCAGCACAACAUCAUCCAAGAUGCCACAAAAAACAAGCUUACGCAGUCGCUGACACUAUUCACGGAAGAUAUAUCCGCAGAGGUAGCUCAAAUCCUGGACGAGAUGCUGGGAAACAACAAGGAAGAAUACACCACCACCCCCCUCCGCCCCCUCGUCGCCCGCAUCAUCGGCCAAGUCACCUCCCGCGUCCUGCUCGGCCCCGACCUCUCCCGCAACGCCGAAUGGCUCGCCCUGUGCCAGUCCUACGCCGUCACCGGCUUCGCCGCGCAGCAGGCCCUGCUCUCCUGGUCGCCGCUACUGCGCCCCUUCGUCCACCGUUUCCUCCCCGCCUGCCAGCGCCUGCGCGAGCUGACCGCCGUCGGCCACCGCGUGAUCCAGCCGUACAUCGACGCCCGCAGGGAAGCGGUCCGGAGCGCGGAAGCGGAGGGGAGAGAGGUGCCCAGGGCGGAAGAUAUGAUUGGGUGGAUGGAGGAGAUGGCGCGGGAGAGGGGGGUUGCAGGGGGGAAGGGGAGGAAGAAGGGGUUUGAUAUUGCGGACGCGCAGAUCAUGUUGUCCAUCGCGGCGAUACACACGACGGCCGAAGCAUACACGUGGGUCGUCGCGGACCUGAUCGAGCAUCCGGAGUACGCGGGCCCGCUGCGCGAGGAGGUGGCGCGGGUGCUGGGGCCCGAGGGCCGGUGGCAGAAGAACUCGCUGUACCGGAUGGCGCUGCAUGACAGCUUUAUCAAGGAGUCGCAUCGGCGGCAUAUGGUUGAUGCGCUCGUCAUGGACCGCUACGUCUCCCGCCCCGUCACCCUCUCCGACGGGCUCGUGCUGCCCGCCGGCACCGCGCUCAUGGUGCACGCGACGAACAACCUCUCCGACGCGUACUGGCCCAACGCGCGCUCCUUCGACGGCUAUCGCUUCCUGAACCUACGCAAGCAGCCCGGCGAGGAGAGCAGGCACCAGCUGGUGUCGACGAGCGCCGAGCACCUCGGCUUCGGGCUGGGCAGCCAGGCUUGCCCCGGGAGGUUUUUCGCGGCCAACACGAUGAAGCUGAUGCUGGCGCAUUUCGUGACCAAGUACGACUGGAAGUUCGCCGAGGAAAAACCGCAGCUGCGCGCGCCGUUUGGGUCGAGUGUUUACGUUAAUCCGAUGCUGCAGGUCAAGGCGCGGAGGAGGGAGGAGGAGGUGAGUUUGUAG